AUGGUGAAUCUUUUCAAGCGCAUGCGAAAGCUGUCAACGACUCUCAAUGUUCGAACCGGUCUCGGCGCGGCCCUCUUCCCAACCCCCAAAACCGCCACAAAGGAAUUUCCAGCCGUAACACGCCUCCACCUUACAUACGCCAAACGCAUCGAAGACGGCCACCGCGGCGCUCGCCAUUUCUGGCGACAAUGUCUUCCCCGGCUUAAAUAUCACAAUCCCGGAGUGGGAAUUACAGUACGACAAACAGACGACCAAGCCGGCCCUGCAGCCCUGACAAUCUACUUCUCCGAGCGCCUAAGCAGCACCGCGGCUGCGAUCGCCGGCGCAAACCAGGUCGUCGACAAGCAUGCGCCCGCCCCAGUGGAAGGUGAGAAGGCGGCUGUUGUCAAUGUGAAGAAUCUCGAGUUCAACGAGAUCUGGAAUCGCGUUCAGGCGUCGACUGGGGCGCAAGAACUUAAGCCUAGCGCUGAAGACGAGGCGGAGCGGAAACGGCUGGAGGCGAUUGCGGCCCGGGCUGUUGGGGAUAGAGAGCGGAUUGCCAGGAUUCAGCAGGCGAAGAAGGAUCAGGAGCGCAUGCUGGCGGAGGCGAGGGGUGAGGUUGAGAAGCUUAAGAGCAUGUAA